GAGAUUUUUAAAUUAAUUCGAGCUCCAGCUCCUCUGUUUGACCUUAUAGCGGGCAACACGGCAUUCUCAACACUCCAUCAGCCUAGCCAACAGGUGCUAGGAUUUAUCUGUCGCUACAGCCACAAAAUGUCAUCACCACUUAAAGCCAAAAUCGGGCCAAGCAUUCUAAAUGCUGAUCUGGCCAAUCUCUAUACGGAGUCACAGAAAUUGCUGGACAAUGGGGCAGACUAUCUCCAUUUGGAUGUUAUGGAUGGCAGCUUCGUUCCGAAUUUGACCUUCGGCCACCCGAUGGUCAAAUGUUUGCGAAACAAUAUCAAGACAGCGUUCUUUGAAACUCACAUGAUGGUCAGUAAGCCAGAGCAAUGGAUAGCUCCCAUGGCAGAUGCGGGAGUGAAUCUGUACACCUUUCACAUAGAACCUGUAGAAGAUGUGUGCAAGGUCUGUCGUCUAGUUCAGGAAGCUGGCAUGAAAGUGGGACUUGCCAUUAAACCAGGCACCAAGGUGGAGGAACUUACUGAGUAUAUGAGCAUAGCUGAUCUUGUGCUUGUGAUGACAGUGGAGCCAGGCUUUGGCGGCCAAUCAUUCAUGGCUGAUAUGAUGCCGAAGGUGGAAUGGCUGCGUCAAAAUUAUCCCAACAUGGACAUUGAAGUAGAUGGCGGUGUGGGACCUAAAACCAUUGAGUGUUGCGCUAAAGCAGGUGCCAAUAUGAUUGUUUCUGGCACAGCUGUUGUCGGUGCCUCCGACCAGCGCAAAGUAAUGGACGAAAUGCGCAACGUUGUCCAGAGUUAUUUAAAGUAAGGCCCACGGGGAUUAUAUUAAGACGUAAAGUGUUCUAUCACCUAAAUUCCGUGUUUAAAAAGACGAUAAAUUAAUUACUAAGUGCAUAUUAAAGAAUUUAUUAAGUUGUUUGCAUUGCUUUUUUACUAA